GACGACAAGGAAUCGCAGAGGUUCUGCUGGGCUACCUGAAAAAAUCUGCCAGUGUCAUCAACCAGCCAGCCUGCAGGCAGGAAAUUCAGACUGAUGCCGAGUGGCUUAAUGUAAACUUUGGCCCAUUUUCCCAAUUCACGACAUACUCUGACCUCAAAUUCUUCAACAUCUCGGGGUGACAGUACUAGAUUCUCUUUCUUCAAGCCAAAAAGCUGAAUUACUUCUUGAACCAAACAACUUGUCAAAUGAAACCCUUGUGAGACUUCUGUUUACAGAACACACUGCAUCAUCCAGUGUGGAAGACCUUGACACUUUCUUUGACAGAUUUGUUAGUGGUGCUGCAGAGCAAAACCUGACAACCAUUGAACCAAGAGUGCGUGACACCAUCCUAAAUCUGACAUUAAUUACACUUGGACCAAAACUAUCCAUGCUAAAUGCUGAGGGAGUUAAGUUGUGGUUCCAAGUCUACCUACCUCUGUUCCUUCCAAGCAUUGAGUCACACACAUUUGGGAUUAUUCCAGGAAAUAUCAGCUGUGUAUCCUAUCAAGAAAUUGUCAAGGGGUGCGACAAUGUUUUCCCGCAACUCUCUGUGAGGCAGACCAAACAGGUUUUCACCUUCAUAAUGGACUAUCUUAGGAGACACUCUUCCUCAGGUCUCUCCUGUAUUGACUCUGUAAAUGAUGACAGACGCUGGCUUAAAGACAACUUUGGUCGGUUCCGUGUGCAUGCCUCCUACACAGAUUUUCUGACUGUGAAUAACAAUUUCACUGGAGUGGAGGUUGCAGAUCUUCUCACUUUCAGUCAGCUGGCCCAGCUUGCAGGAACCCCAUCACAGCUAAGAAGGAAGCAAGAUGCAACAAAAAUAAUGACAGUCAUCAACCCUGUUGAGUUUGGUGCUUUCUUCGACAUAGUCUCACCAGCCAUUCAGAACCAUCCAGCCAACUACACAGAAGAGGUGAAAUCUGGCCUCCUCCAGGCAGUAUUUGACAGAGGGAAUCUGUCCUCUCGAUCUAUCAAUGACACAGAGUUCCUGCUGUGGCUCAGAGUUCGACUGAGCCCUCUUCUGGUUAACCUCUCUCCCAGCCUGGUGACGCCUUUACUUGACAUUGGGAAGAGCAGGAGUUGUAACAGCAGCCAAGAGAUAAUUACUUUGCUGGACACACUACACUUGACACUCAGCAACAACACCCAAAGGGAGAUCUACCAAAGCACCCUCCUCUUCCUCCAAGGUCCAACACCCCUCAAAUGUUAUGGUGGUGGAAGCUUCUACAUCUAUCUGAGAAACACUUUCCUCAGCUUUGGCUUUCCAGAUUUGUCCAUGUUCACGUCUCUUCUGCCACAGACACGCGAGUCAGAGCUCUUAAGUACCAUCAGCACCUCAGAGUUGCGUCAGUUCCUCAGUCAACCCAAUGUGAUUGGCAAUGGUUCUGACAUCUGUGUCAUCUUCAACAACUACAACAACACGCCUGUCUUCCUGGAAACAGAGGAUGUUCCAGAUGAUGUUAAGAAAGUGACCCUCCCCUGUGUUUGGCCUCUGGCACUGAGCAGCAAUAGCAAACCUGAGGUUAAUUCCUGGUUUGACCUACGAUUGAGGAAUUAUCUUAGAUUCCUCAGCAAGAGUCUCAUUAGCUCCAACGAAGUGCAAAAUGCUUCAUGUCUCGCCUUCCAGAAACUGGUCUCUGUAAUGGGGAAUAACUUCACAUACAACAGCUCUGAGUUUGGGCAGGGUGAUGUGUACACCACCAUCAAGACCUACUUGGGAACUGGCUCUGGAACCAGAUGCUACAAUGCCAGUGAUGCAGAACUCAGUUCUACUGCCUGGUUUGUCAAUUACAUCGGUAGCUUUGUAACCUUUGUCACUCUGGAUGAUUUCACCUCCUUCGUCUCCACCAGUGAAAUUAACGUGUUCUUGGUGGACCAAGCAAACAUGGAGCUCUUUAACAACACAGCAAUCCCAGAAAAUGUAACCAACUAUUACAUCUCACAACUUUUCCAAUUCAACCCAAGCUUCAGCCCUUUGAAGCUUCCAGGCUCUUUCCUUUGCUCUUCUGAGGUCCCAAGUGUGGCAUAUUCUUCUGUGAAUGAAAAUGAUACCAUCCUCAUCUUGAAUGAGCUAAAGAAAUUCUGCAAUGGAACAGCAGACCCUGAGGUAUCUGCUGCUCUGGCAUCCAACAUCAAGACAAUUACACCAGAGACGUUUGUGACCCUGGGCAGUGCCAGCGCUGGUCUGACCAGCAGCCAGAUCACUUCAGCUCGCCCAUCUGUGCUGGUUUCUUCUUUGUCCAUACUAGGUUCAGUCAGCACCUGGAGCCCAGAGCAGGCCAACACCAUCAUCCAAAUCAUUAUUGCCUCAGGCUUCCAGAUCAACAGCGCAUCCUCCCUGGAAUCCGUGGGCACACUUGUUGCUGGAGUUCCUUCAGAGACAAUAAAACAAAUGCCGACUUCUGCGCUUCUCAACGCCUCCCAGAGCAGCACCUUUGUUUCCAACAUGCUGCAAGCCCCAACCGUCGUCCAACAAACCUUUGUCAAUAAGAUUAUUUCUGUGAGCUCAAGUCCAGCUGCAGUGGUUCUGAAUGUCCCUGAUGCUAUUGCAACUGAGAUCCCACCAUCCCGACUGGUAUUCACUGAGACUGACACUGUGGACUUCACUGUGAUUAAUAAAAAGAAAUUCACAGGAGAUCAGGCCACCAUGUUUUUUGAGAAACUGACUGACACAGACUUUGACAUCGAGCAGCUUUCUCCUUCUGUGCUGCAAGGCUUCACUUGCACAUCAGUCCGGAAAAUGUCAAAAAAGAGGAUCAGGAGUUGCAUUCGUGCCAGCAGGCCAAGGAGACGCAGGACCAAGGUGGUGCUGAAGGAAACACAGCUGACUUGCAUGUACAACCUGCUCAAUGGAAACCUCACCCAGAACUUCACAGAUUAUCCCUCAGACAUGCUUCUCUACUUCAACAAAAAAGAUGUCAAAAGAGCCAAUUGCAGAUCCUACUUUACCGCAGUGGGUGCUGCAGACUUCUCUGUGGCCUCCAGCAUUUUGAAAAAGGACUCACUUUUACUUAGUGAAGCCAGAUCCUGCUUGGGAAUAAGUGGUGUGAAUCUGAGCAGAAACAAUUUGGAUGUGCUGGGGAACAUGGCCUGCACUCUGGACAGCUCUUACAUCCAGAGCUCUGAUCCUGUCAUUUUGGAAAAACUCAAAGCCUGCAAGGGCUUCUCUGACAGCCAGGUGGCUGCCAUGGAGACGCUGCUGCUGUCUGGGAAAACAAAAUACGGGACUUCCACCACCUGGAACACGCAAACACUGGAAGACCUUGGGAUCCUACCUUUAUAUUUCACAAGAAACAUCUGGGGGAAGUUCAAAACUUCAACAAAGAGAAAGUUCCUUAAGAGCUUCAUGUCCCAAAUGAGGAAAAGAAAGACGAACAAGAAAAAGCUCAAGAGGCUCUUUAAACAACUCGGUGCUUCCAAGACAAAACGAGGAGCAGGAUGCACUGUGGGUAAUAUCACCCAGGUGACAGUUAGUGACGCUUCCUUCCCCUUCGGCUACGACCAGACACAAUUUGAUCUCUGCCUGGAUACACCUGUACUGAAGGACAAUCUCUAUUCCAUCUGUGAGAAAGUAGAUGACGAUGACUUUCAGAAAAUCAUUCUUAAGAAACUCAACCAGGCGUAUCCAUCGGGUGUUUCUGAUGAGAACGUUCAGCUACUCGGUUCAGUGUCUCGUGUGGCGUCUCUUGAUGACAUCUCAAGGUGGAACAUCACCAAAAUUGACACCCUGGCAGCACUCAUGAAAUCUGAAGAUGGAUCAUGGGAGGCAGAAAAGAGCAAAGUAAUCAUCACCAAGUAUCUGAAUACUUCUGGGAACUCCCUGGGCAGCACUGAGCUGAACAUUAUUGACUCCGACCUGUGCUCAUUAGACACAAGUACACUGAAGAACAUCACCCCAGACAGCAUGAGCAAUGCCAAACCUCUGAAUGUGGCGUCAUGUUCAUCUGAGAAGAAGAAAAUCUUGUAUGAGAUCAGUAACACUUCCUUCAGCUCACAAAGUUCCACUGCCUAUUACAAUUUAAUGAAGACCUACCUCGGUGGAGCUCCUCGGUCAGACGUACUAACUCUGUCAACCCAAAACAUCAACAUGGACAUAGACACUUUCCAGAGUCUGGAUCCUAACGUGAUCGCUGAUUUGACAGUUACUGAUGUACGAGGCCUCCUGGGUGACCAGCUACAAGAUCUGAAGCUGUUUGAGAAUGAUACCAUAAUUCAAGACUGGACAAACAGGCAGGUUCAGUCAGACCUGGACACCCUCGGUCUGGGCCUUGUCACCAACAGAACCGACUCAACAACUGUGCCACCUACCUCACCAAUGCAGGGAAACACCAGCAGCUUAAAUACGACCGCGAUCACUACAGUGAUGAUAACACAGGUUAACGCCACAAGUGGAUGCAUAGGGCUUGCAAAACACCCAUCAGUCAUAUUCCUGACUGUCCUGCUGACAACUGUGCUGCAAAUAUUACUACAACCAGCCUAAAGACAUUUACAACUUUAGCAACCUAAUCAAUAAUCAGCAAUUAUUCCCUUCUUAGAAAUUUGAUUUAUUCAUAUUGCUAUUUAUUCACAGCUUAAAAAUGCAUAAUUGCAACAGAAUCUUAAUAUCUGCUUGACUGUAGAGAACUAUAUGUCAUUUAACAAUCACAAGAACCAAAAUAAUUUUUUUAACUUUUUAAGUGGUGAUCUGGGAUUUUAUCUGGAAUUUCUACAUAUAGGUAUUUUGAAAUUAAGUACUGAUAAUAAUAACAUUUAUGUUCAUCAUUUUUUGAAGCAAAAGGCUACAACAUAAAUGCCUCAAAUUCAUUGUAUUAUCUAUGUAUGAUCAAUUAUGUUAUAAUUUAAACUGUAUUGCUAUUCCUUAAAUU